UCCACUUCCACCGCACUUCACUCGCCGCCACAAACAAACCAGUCACUUCCCGAAUUGCGAUGGAGCCAACCGGCACGAUCUUCUUCUUCUCCGUCGGCGUCACCAACUUCGGCUUCGACGUCUUCUCCGUCGCCGUGCCGGCGUCCCCGGACGAUGUCUCCGCGUCGAAGCUCCACGAGCGGCGGCACACGGACGGCGUGUCCGUCAACUUCAACGCCCAGUUCGCCGACGACGCCGGCGACGCGGUCGCGUUCGUCUCCGAGCGGACCGGCGCGGCGGGUCUGUUCCUGACCCGGCCGGGGUCCGAGCGCGCUGAGCCGCUCCCGGCCGUUGAGGGCAGCCUGUUCCACGACCGCCCGACGGUGAGGGAUGGGCGGGUGUACUUCGUCUCGGCGCACGAGAAGCCGCCGCAGACGUUCCGGAGCUGGGCGGCGGUGUACGCGGCGGACGUGGGCGGCGGCGAGGGUAAGGUGACGAGGGUCUCGCCGCGGGGCGUGGUGGACAUGAGCCCCGCCGUGUCCGCCUCGGGCGAGCUCGUCGCCGUCGCGUCGUACGGCGACCGGCCCUGGGCGUUCGAUUUCCAGGCCCUGGAGACGGAGGUCACCAUCUUCCGCGCAGCCGAACCCGCACGCCGCAUCGUCGCUGCGGCGCGGGGCGGGUGGCCGACCUGGCACGGGGAGAGCACGCUCUUCUUCCACCGCGUCGCGGAUGACGGAUGGUGGAGCGUGUUCCGGGUGGACAUCUCGCCGGAGACCCUCGAGCCCUCCGGCGCCGAGCGCCGCGUGACGCCGCCGGGGUUGCACUGCUUCACCCCUGCAGCGGUGGGCUCUGGCGGCGGCCGCUGGAUCGCCGUGGCGACGCGGCGGAAGGGGCGUGCGCAUCGACAUAUCGAGCUGUUCGACCUCGAGACCGAGCAAUUCUCCCCGCUCACCGACCUGCUCAACCCCGAGCUCCACCACUACAACCCCUUCUUCUCCCCGUCGGGCGGCCGCCUCGGGUACCACCGUUUCCGCGGCGCAGGGGCGCCGGGCGACUCGGUUGUUCCUCACCUGCAGCCAGUGCGGAGCCCCGUGAGCUCCAUCCGGAUGCUCCGCGUGAACGGCUCGUUCCCGUCGUUAUCGCCGGACGCGUCGCACCUCGCCUUCAACGGCGACUUCUCCACGACGCCGGGGGUCAGGGUCCUCCGAUCCGACGGCUCCAAGCGGUGGACGCUCAGCAAGGAGCCCAACCUGUUCUACACCACCUGGAGCCCCACCGAGCGUGGGGUCGUGUUCACGUCCGUGGGCCCCAUCUUCGAGACCCCUAAAGCGACGGUCCGGAUCGCGCGUGUCGAGUUCGACCCGAGCGAGCUCACGGACGACCGCGACGAGGUGAACGCGACGCUCAAGGUGCUCACCCGGCCGGAGGCCGGCAACGACGCGUUCCCAGCGGUGUCGCCGUGCGGGCGGUGGCUCGUGUUCCGGUCCGGCCGCUCGGGGCACAAGAACCUCUACAUCGUCGACGCGGCGCGCGGCGAGGACAGCGGAGACGACAGCACCAUCAGGAGGCUGACGGUCGGCGAGUGGAUCGACACGAUGCCGAGCUGGUCGCCGGACGGGAGCCUGAUCGCGUUCUCGUCCAACCGGCACGACCCGACCAACCCGGCCGUGUUCAGCAUCUACCUGGUGCGUCCCGACGGGUCAGGCCUGCGCCGUGUCUACGUGGCCGCGCCGGAGGGUAGCGCGGAGGCGGACAAGGAGCGGAUCAACCACGUGUGCUUCAGCCCGGACUCGCAGUGGCUGCUCUUCACGGCGAACCUGGACAGCGUGGUGGCCGAGCCCAUCUCGGGCCCGAACCAGUUCCAGCCGUACGGGGACCUGUACGUGUGCCGGCUCGACGGGUCCGGCCUGGUCAGGCUCACCUGCAACGCCUACGAGAACGGGACGCCGGCGUGGGGCCCCGCGAGCGCGGCGCUGGGGAUCGAGUCUCUGUCGCUGGGCCCGCCCGCCGGGGAGGAGUUGCUGGGCCACUUCGAUGAGCCGUUUUGGCUUACCUGCGACGUCUGAGGAGUGAGGACCGAUGAUGACCCUCUUCGCUUUCCGUGACUACGAUUGUCGGUGAUGGGUGAUAAUAAUCCCGGAUUGGAAUAAUGAUUAUGUUGGUGACGAUCUGUUGUAUUGCUGAAUAAACCAAUGCGUGGUGUAAACGACAACAUACUUUGUAAUUUUUCAAAAUAAACACGUAUAUUUGCAAUUUUUUUA